CAUAUCCGAAAAUCACGAUCACAUAGCUCGUAGAUUUGUUUAGGUAAUCUCUUCGAAAUCAGGUUCUUACUUCAAAUUCGCUGAUGGUUUUAGAAUCGCGCGUCGUCACGAGAAACUUAAUAAUUUUUUGAAGGGAUACCGAAAUCACGAACGGUUUACGGCAUUGGAAAGUAGACUCGUGGAGCUUCGACAUAUCUGAAAAUCACGACCAGAAAGCUAAUAGAUUUAUCCAGCGUAUACAACCUUGACUUCCGGCAAUCAAGAUGCAAUUUCAUGACCAUAAUAAGCCGCACCCUCAUCUUGAAAUCACGAGCGACGAGCAAAAUCAGUCCGAUAAGGUUCUCUCCUUGGCAGUUCAUCCUCCAGUGAUCGGUUCCUUCCCUCUUGUUAGAAAGCUGCCUGCCGCAUCUCUUCAUCUUACAGAAUGGUGGACUAGGGAGGCCAAAGAUGUUAUGGGAGAAUUUUCGGGAGAGUCACUAAUAUGAAGGUCCCUAUUUUGAGGUCCGCAAUUCAUCGGGAAGUCGCGCCGUCUGAAUUUUCUCAUCGUGAUGGAUGCUUCCACACUUGGAAUGUUUCCCCUUCUGGAUUUGGCAAGGUUCGCUACACACCCGGCUACUGGGAGUGGGUAGAAGAUGUGCUCCCCCGCCACAAAAAUUUUUUGGAAGAUCUGAAGGUCUACGAUGCCAUAUACGCUUCAUUGUUUACGUACGAUUAUAACGACAAUGUGCUUCAGGCCUUUUGUGAGCUUUGGCGUCCAUCCACCAACACACUUGCUACCUUCAUUGGAGAAUUAUCUAUAUCUUUAUGGGACUUGCGAACUAUUGGAGGCCUUCCCGUGUAUGGGUCCUUUUAUGACGAAGUAGUUCCUUCAGCAAAGGAGUUGACAGAAAUGGAUUGCUUUGCCGACAUAGAUGAUCUUGGUAUGAGCGCAAAGAGCUCUCACAGGUCACCAAAUGGUUCUAAGGAUCAUGGUAUGGGUGGAGCUUCUUCGGUGGAGUUAAUUCCACCUAGAAAGCCAUAUUCUUCUUCUCUGGUUCAUAGAAAGUUUAUCCAACCAGCUGUGAUGAGUGAGGUUGCGGCUGCUACAACUGAGGUCAUGCACCCGAAAUUGUUCAGGCCUUCCUCAUGGCCAUUGCAGCCUGGUGCUUCAAGCAAAGAGCCACAUGAGACUAUUUGUCGUGCCAAAUCGACUUUUGUUUCUGUGAUGUGGCGUGGAUUGUGCAAGUGGAUCAAGGAGUUCUCUGUAGAUUCCACGGACAGCUUUAUGAAGUUGGAGGAAAGUAUUAGUUUGACUCUUACGGAAAUACGAAGAGAGAAUAUCAUUGAUAUUUCUACCUUGGAGGAUCUAGUUGAAGCUUUCUUCAAGACUUAUGCAGAGUAUGAUGCUUUAAGAUCAUCCAAGAUGAGUAAAGAAUUACACCAAGAUUCACUCUCUAACGCACAACAACGCCUCGAUGAUGCGAAGUUGGAAUAUGGGAAGGCAAAUGAGUCCGUUGAAAGACUUCUAGUGGCUCUUGAGAUUGUCGAGACACAAUUAGCAACCCUGACCUCUAAAAAGAACAAGAUCAUCGUGCUCCUGAAUAAACGACAAGAGAAGAUGUCCAAAAGUCAACAGGAAAUCACCGUUACCGAAGACGAGAUUUAUACCAUUGAGGCGAACGUUCCGUUGUCGGAUGAUGAAGCAGAGAAACUGUCCCUCUUGAAAGAUGCAGUUAAAACGAGUCUCCAGCAAAUCCUUAGCUUCAAACCUUUUCCAUAGCGUUAGAUUUUUUUAUUUAUUUUUAUUUAGGGCCCCCUGCCUCUUUCCCUUUUUUUUAGA